CUAGCGGGCGGGCGUGCGCGCGGCACAGUGCUGGACGCCUCUACUUACGGCAAAUGGAAUAUGGCGGACAGUGAGAAAUCCAUGAACAGGCUGGAGCUGAGUAAGGGAUGGCUGGAAGCUGCAGACUGCAGAGCCGAACUGCUCCGCCACCUGAAGGAGCAGGUACCGCAGAUCUUCUGUCUGAAGAAGGAGCCCUGCCUCCAGGAGGAAGAGGAGCUCGCCCAGAGCCGCCUCCUUUACCCUUUCGAGUGUUUCCUGUUCGGAGAAGAUCCUGAAGAUGGUCUGGAGAAGCUCAAGCAGGGCAGCACCUCCUCCCAGCUCUGUGGGCGUGUGUUCAAAGAGGGAGAGACUGUCUACUCCUGCAGGGACUGUGCGAUAGACCCUACGUGUGUUUUCUGCAUGGACUGCUUCCAGGACAGCGUGCACAAAGGCCAUCGCUACAAGAUGCACGCCUCUUCAGGCGGGGGGUUCUGUGACUGUGGCGAUGUCGAAGCCUGGAAGAUAGGCCCCUGUUGUUCCAAACACGACCCGGGAGCAGCCGUUGCCAUGGUAACGGAUGAUUGUGUGCUGCAGCCUCAGCUGUAUGAACGUGCGGAGCAGCUGUUCCGGGUCCUGCUGUGCUACAUGACAGAUUUUCUGGUGUGGGAAGAGUCCUUUGAGCUAUCCGCUGCGCUACAGCCUCGGACCAAAGAAAACGCUUUCUACUGCGUCCUGUACAAUGACGAGCACCACUCGUACGACCACGUGAUCUACACCCUGCAGCGCUCCGUCAACUGUGGUCAGGCUGAAGCACAAACACACACAGCACUUAUCGAUAAAGAGGGUCGGCGGGCGGUAAAGAGAGGGAGCCUUCGUUCCUGUCUCCAGGCUAAAGAUUCGAUCAGGGCCAACUCUGAGCACAUUUCCACACAGCCGCUGCGCGUGGAGAUCCUUCAUGCAACAGUAAUGGCUCAUCAAACCUUUGCACUCCGCCUGGGAUCCUGGUUCCAGAAGAUCAUUGGUUACUCAGCUGGCUUCAGGCACGCCUUCUGCCAGGUGGCUUUAGAGCCAAACUCAGACCGAGAUCUGCCAUGUCCCAUCAGCAGACUCAUGCUGCGCGAUGCUAAGAUGUAUAAAGGAGCUCGCAAGAUCGUACACGAGUUGAUCUUCUGCAGCAUGCUAAUGGAUGCUGAGUUCAAGAGGCUCUUUGCUAUUGAGUUUACAAAGCACUACAUGCAGCUGCAGAGAGACUUUAUCAACGAUGACCAUGACAGAAGUAUAUCCAUCACAGCUCUGUCUGUUCAGAUCUUCACCGUUCCCACAUUAGCCAGGCAGCUCAUCGAAGAGGGAAAUGUCAUUAAAGUGAUUGUUGCUACGGGCAUGGAGCUGCUGCACGAACAUCUGGAUGGCAACGGUCGAUUUUUCUUCCAGGGCUACAACUCUGAAAAGUUCUCACGCAUCCAGGUUAUCUUUCACGACCUCAGGUACAUCCUCAUCAGUAAGCCGUCGGUUUGGACUGAGGAGCUGCGGGAACAGUUUCUGGAAGGGUUCAAGGAUUUUCUUGGGUUUCUCAAAUGCAUGCAGGGAAUGGAGGAAGUGAAGCGGCAGCUGGGUCAGCAUAUCGCCGUGGAGCCCGAGUGGGAGGCUGGUUUCACUCUCCAGAUUCAGCUUCGCCACGUUCUUGCCAUGUUUCAGGAUUGGUGUUCUUCUGAUAAGGAGAUCCUGCUGCUCACAUUCAAGGAGUGCUACUCGGUGCUGAAGCAGUGCAGCAAUCAGCCAUUCCCUAAAGAGGCCACUGACUACUACAUGUGCAAACACAUCCUCCACGUUCCACCAUAUAAGGUCUCCCAGGACCCGGUCAGCAUACACCUGCCCAUUUCCAGGCUGCUGGCUGGCUUGUAUGUGCUUCUGUGUAAAACGGGGGCAAUCGAACAUCUGGAUAAUGUUGAAAGCUAUGACUUCACUCUGCUGGCAGAGCAUCCUCUGCGGUGUGUGGUGUUGGCUGCACAGGUCUCGGCCGAAAUGUGGAGGCGAAACGGGCUGUCGCUAGUCAGCCAGGUCUACUACUACCAGGAUGUAAAAUGCCGAGACGAGAUGUAUGAUAAAGAUGUCAUCAUGCUCCAGAUCGCUGCUUCCAAAAUGGAUCCAAACCACUUCCUCAUGCUGAUCCUGCUGAGAUUUGAGCUUUUUGAAUAUUUUAACGGAAGCCGUUCCAGCAAAGAUCAGGAUGAGUUGAUGCAGUGGAAUCGUCUGACAGAGGAGAUGCUCUUCCUGCUGAUUGUCGUCUUUGGUGAGCGGUACAUUCCUGGGAUCGGUCAGGUCACCAGAGAGGAUGUGACCACCAGGGAGGUCAUCCACCUUCUGUGCAUUGAGCCCAUGGCUCACAGCACCCUGGUCAAAAACCUGCCAGAGAACGAGAACUUCGAAACGGGCCUGGAAGCUGUAAUAACCAAAGUCGCAACGUUUAAAAAGCCGGGCGUGUCGGGACAUGGGUUGUACGAAGUAAAAAAAGAUUGUCUCGCUGAGUUUAAUCCUUUCUUCUACCAUUACUCGAGAUCUCAGCACAGCAAGGCAGAAGAGUCUCAGAAGAAGAGGAGGGCUCAGGAGGGCAACGAUAAAGCUCUUCGUCCUCCGAUGCCACGAGCCUUUUGUCCAAGGUUCUCCAACGUAGUGCAGCUGCUUUGCUGUGAUGUUUUUGUUUUCGUUCUGAGACACAUCCUGCAGAGAGCUGCUGAAGACCUGCCAACACACUGGACCGAAGCCAUGAUCCAAAGGGCCCUUCACCUGAUUGGCCAAGCACUCCUGGAAGAGAAGACACAGCUGGAAAGCAUCACUGUGGAGGAAGUGACCUUUGAUUUCAGUCUUAAAGCGCGGAUUCUCGGUUCAGAACAUGGCAAGUCGGUGUUCCUGUUGUUGUCCAAGAUCAAGACUUUACUUUCACUGGAAGCUCAGAAAGACAUGGUCGUGUGGCUUCUUCAGAUGUUUGAGAUCAUCAAGUGCCUUAGAGAGAAGUCCAGUCCCACAGUGUCAGUGAGCAUGGAGACAACCAAACCAGAAGAAAGUGCUCAGGACAAAGAGAAAGCUGAGAGGAAGAGGAAAGCGGAGGCUGCGAAGCUCCACCGACAGAAGAUUAUGGCCCAGAUGUCGGCGAUGCAGAAGAACUUCAUUGAGUCGAACAAGAUGCUGUACGACAACAUGCCUGAGAGCGGGAACCAAGGAGAACCUGUUGCAUCCACUGAGCAUUGCACCAUGGAGCAGAGGGAGCUUUGCAUAGCUAUUGGACCUCAAAGAGGACCCACUCCAGCUGAAAGGGAGGUGCUCACCUGUAUUCUCUGUCAAGAGGAGCAGGAGGUGCUGCCUCAGGCUCCAGCCAUGGUGCUGACUGCAUGUGUCCAAAGGUCCACAGUUCUGACACAGUGUAGAGGAAAGAUCCCACCAAGCAGGAUGGAUGGCUCAGGGACAUAUCCUCUCUUCAUGCCUCCUGAUCUGGCCGUGGGGACCCACACUGGGACCUGUGGACACGUCAUGCAUGCUACGUGUUGGCAGAAAUAUUUUGAGGCUGUUCAGAGUACCACAAGGAACCGUCUCCACGCCGAGCUGAUUGUUGAUCUGGAGAACGGAGAGUACCUUUGUCCUCUGUGCAAGUCUCUAUGCAACACCGUGAUCCCUCUCAUCCCGCUAGAACCUCUCACGUUUAACUAUGAAAAUGCAGAGAUAAUUGGGCAGAAUUUGUCGUUGCCUCAAUGGAUCCAGGUCCUCACCGCCAGGAUUAAAGGCCUCAAGUCGGUUAUGCAGGACAAUGACUUCAACCCUGAUGGCAGCAGCGGGACUCCUGGGCUGUGUAGUGAUACCCAGGCAGACUUUAGAUCCAUUCUGUCCUACGGCGUACAAGAACCGAGGAAGUUCUCAGACAGCAUUGCAGAGAUGCUGGUUGUGUGUGCCACCACGGUCCACAGAGUGGGAUUAAAGACGCCCCCCAAUGAGCUCUGCCCACGCGUGCCCCUCAUGGCCUGGAACACAUGUGCUUUCACUAUUCAGGCUAUAGAAAACAUUUUACAGGAAGAGGACAAACCUUUGUUUGGAUCCUUACAAAACAGACAGACUGCAGGUCUGAAGGCGAUUGUGCAGUUUGCAGCAUCACAGAGACUUCGGAGCGCCCAGGCAGUUAUCCAGAGGCACUUUGCAGAUUUGAUGGGGGUUUUGCUUCCAACCAUGAGCAGAAAAAACACACCUUCUGUCCUGGAAGUGGACUUCUUCCAUCUCCUGGUGGGACUGGUGCUGUCCAUACCCUCACUGUAUCAGGAAGAAGGAGUCGACCUACAGCCGUCCUCCAUAAGCUCCGCCUUCAACAACCUGUACAUCUUUCACCUGGUCACCAUGGCCCACAUUGUGCAGGUUCUCCUGACAUCUACAGAUUUUCCUGCUGUGGGAGAUGGGGAGGAGACACAGGAGGCCAGAGCAGCAGCAGAGUUGUACACAGCCGUAUCACAACACACUGGAAGGUCCGUUCCAGAUUUGUCCGGCAGCGCUGUUGCACAAAGAGUUAAAAUGGGAAUUGAGCCUUUUCUGCGCUGCGCUGCUCUUUUUUUCAACUGCCUUACAGGAGUCAAUCCUUCAGAGGAGCUUUUCAACACUCCUGUAAUGUCUCAGGGACAGAUGGAGACGCUCUAUAGCUACUUGGCCCUUCCUGUAAACGUGUUCCAGCUCUUCCAGGACUACAGAGACUCCGUUUCACCUCUGCUUCACAGGUGGUGUCGAAGUCCGGCUAUAAUCAAAGCUCUGCAAGGCAAAGGGCAGAUGAUCAGAUAUCCAAGGAGAAGGAAUCGCUUGAUUGAUCUUCCUGAGGAUUACAGUGUUCUCCUCAAUAAAGCCUGCCAUUUUCAGUGUCCAAAGUCCACAGAUGACGAGAGGAAGCACCCGACACUUUGCCUGGUUUGUGGAGAAAUGCUGUGCUCACAGAGCUCCUGCUGCCUCAGCCAGCUGGAGGGGGAGGAUGUGGGCGCCUGCACGGCUCACACGGCCACCUGUGGGGCCGGAGUCGGCUUGUUCCUCAGGAUAAGAGAGUGUGAAAUCGUCCUGAUGGCGAGUAAGACUCGAGGCAGCAUGUACGCAGCUCCAUACUUAGAUGAUUACGGGGAAACUGAUCAUCAUCUGGGAAGAGGCAAUCCGUUGCACCUUUGUCCAGAUCGCUACAGGAAGCUGAACCAACUGUGGCAGCAGCACUGCAUCCUAGAGGAAAUUGCCCGCAUCCAGGAGGUGGUCAAUGUUAUGUUUGCCUUUGAAUGGCAGCUGGUGUGACGGCUCCAGCAGCGGUGACCAGGUUUUGAUCACAUCCGCAGAACACGCUUCCGUUCCCAGACCAGUACUCCCAAUGCCCACACGUUUCACAUAAUUAAAGCCUCCUGCAGUCCAAAGAGGCCCGCUUCCAGAGAGGUGGAACAUCAUGGACGGUGGACUGCAGUCGCCUUGUUCCAGUUUGAUCGCCUGCAGUCAGGACGAGUGUUUUUUUUUUUUUUUGCAGAGUUUCUCAUUGAAAAAGUGAAAGCAUCAAACAAUCUCUUUCAAUUUUUAGUUCAUGGAUUUAAUUUCCUCAGUAAUGCAGGGAGUUUUCUGUAUUGUAUGAUUUGAUGCAUUUAUUCAGGUUUGACGUUUUAAAGGAGGGGAGGGUCUAAGCAUGAUGGAAACUCUCUUCUUUUGCUUUCGCCUCUUAUUUGUGUAGAUGCUGUAAGUUAUAGACCUGUAAGCUGCUGUCGACCUUUCUCAUGUGUAGACAGACACAGUAAAUAAAACCUAUAAAUAUCA